GUAUUGAGCGGUCUCUCGAGAUCCUUCUCUUUCCCAUCUCAUCCUCGAAUUUUAUGCUUGGUGUGCUGCUCACAAUGACGGAUCGCCAAUGGCUACUUUUCACAAUGCUCCUUGUGGUACCAUUCACCUCCUCGCAAAGCACAGACCCAUCGGUGCCAGCAAUUAUCCCGCUUGCUGUCCGUUCGCCAUACCUCAACAUUUGGACAAAUGGCUCCAAGCCUGGCUUUAGUUGGCCUGUGUUCUGGAACACAGAUAUCACCGCAUGGGAAGGUAUGAUUCGAAUAGACGACAAAAACUAUCAAUGGCUGGGCGUUUCAGGCCUGUUCGCCUCGUACACCCCAGCGAACUUCACCAAGGCAAAAAUCACACCGACUCAAACAAUUCUUACGUAUCAGGCCGGCCCCGCUGAAUUAAUGGUGACGUUCCUAUCUCCAAUCGAACCUACAGAUCCUAUCAAGCAAUCCAUUCCAUUUUCGUAUCUCGCACUAGACAUCAAUUUCACAGAUAACGUACAACAUAAUGUUCAAGUCUACUGCGACAUGACUGGGGAAUGGUUAACACCGAACACCGCAGAUAUGAUAACUUGGGCCUCAGUCUCAACCGGUACUUCCUCAUUUCAUCAAGUCCAGUUGCAAGCAAACCAGUCGUUCAUCGAAGGUAGACAAGACCGAGCAAACGACGUAACCAUGAUUCUCGCGACACAAUCAGAUCAACAAGUGUCCAUUCGGGUAGCCCAUGACGUCGACGCUCGCGGUCAGUUCCCACAGGAUGGUAGCGUAUCAGGCACGUCAAUAGUACCACCAGCACAGAUGGGCAACCCGUAUCCAGUGUUCGCUAUCACAAAGGAUUUAGGUAAUAUCACCCAGACCUCUUCACCGAUGGUGUGGGCCAUCGGAGCCUACAGAAACCCUUCGAUAUCCUUCGUGACAUCAACUGGAGAUACUCAAGACCGUGCCCCGCUUUUCGUUUCAUCUUACUCGACAAUUUCUGACGUUGUGGAUGCUUUCAUUGUGGAUCAUCCAAAGGCAAAGGCGCGAGCGGACGUAUUGGAUGAGCGAAUCGCCACUGCAGGGUCAAACAUAUCUGCCCCUUUCCAGGCUCUCACAGCACUUGCAGCAAGACAAGCAAUCGGAGCCACUGAGCUUACGAUAUCCAAGGGUUCGGACGGUCAGUGGAACACAUCCGACACCAAAAUGUUCAUGAAAGAUAUUGGGAAUAGCGGGCGAGUUAAUCCUGUGGAGAAUAUCUUUGCCGCAUUUCCAUUCUUUCUCUUUAUCAAUUCUACAUAUGCCGGCCAACUCCUCUCGCCGCUUCUUGAGUUCCAAGAUACGUCAAAUACUGCGCAACCUUUUGCGGCUCGAGACAUCGGUCAAAAUUAUCCCAAAGCGGUUGGAAAUAAUGUAAAACAUCAGCAAGGAGUGGAAUAUUCGGGGAACAUGUUGAUCAUGUCUCUUGCCCAUGCUCGUGCAUCUGGAGACGGGACAUUGAUUUCGAGACAUUAUCGACUACUGAGAAGUUGGGCUGAUUAUCUCGUGGACUCUUCAAUCUGCCCGCCCGAUGUGACGACUAUAGACCAAGAGCAACAAUCGAAUUCAACCAACCUGGCCAUCAAAGGUAUCAUCGGCAUCAAAGCAAUGGCAGAAAUCAGCAGUGCCUUGAAUCAAACAGCUGACGCUACUUAUUAUUCUCAAUUCGCCUCAACCUUCGCAAGUGAAUGGCACGCAGUGGCUUUAUCUACAGAUGGAAGCCACAUACUACCGAGUUACGGCAGCGCUACAACAUCGUGGGCGCAAAUGUACAACCUCUUCGCAGACCGGCUUCUGGGAACCAAUCUUGUUGACAAUAAUAUAUACGCCUCGCAAACCCAGUACUAUCAGACCUUGAUCUCCAAUUCUUUUCAAUCUGGUCUGCCUCUUGAUAAUACGACUGAUAUUGCAAACGCAGCAUGGACGUUGUUCACAGCGGCGACAGUCACAGACACGGCCGUUCGGGACAGCUUGAUAGCUCCCGUAUGGACACAUGCAGUGACUAGCCCUCAUCCUCUUUCCGUUCGGUUCAAGGUGGAUAGUACCGAUGUUCCGCCUACCAGCGGCGCUGCAAGUCCAGCAAUGGGCGCCAUGUUCGCUCCCUUGGCUCUCAAUCUUCCAAAUCUGGCGAUAGUUGCCCCUCCCAUUCCACCAGCGCCAAGAUCUUCAGGGUCGCCAGCAGACUCUUCAUCCAAGCACCGUUCAGCUGGACCCAUCGCGGGUGGGGUUAUAAGUGGUCUCGCCCUAGUCGCCUUCAGCAUCAUCGGUGUCCUUUUUUGGCGUAAAAGACGAGAUAAAGGAAACAUGGACAUCGAGACAUUCCCAUCCAAACCUAUGGAAGUAUACACCAGCCUCACCCUUGGAUCCAACGACCACUCAUCACCUCAAGACCAAACUACCCAGACAUCCCUUCCAAUGAUAAUGUCGUCAAAAGCAAGAGAAGCAAUGGCUCGGAUGGUUCAAAACCAUCCUGCUCAUGAUCCUUCGCCUAACACAUCAUUAGCAUCUGGAAGUCGUUCUACACCUGCAUCUAGUAGAGAACCUCCUACUGUUGCGUCCGGUUCUGGUUCCGGGCCCCGGGGAAACACAAGUCGUUCAAGAUCGGCUAAUUUGUCAAACACAGAGGUGGUUGGGUUGAGAGUGGAGGUGGAGAAUUUGAAAAGAGUGAUGCAGCGACUCCAGGUUGAGAGGGUAGAGUCUCCGCCGAGCUAUGCUGCAUAGACUGGAUGGGUGGUAGGUGUUCGUUCUGUUUUGAAAUUGAUUGAUUCCUCUGUACUACUAGCUCGAAUACCGUCAGUGAAAACAUGGUUGUUCGGACUUC